AUUUUAGUAAACACUAACGCCUGACCCUUUAACCCCACAUAAGCCACAUCUGCAACCGUUUCUACUUUCUAUUACCAUUUUCAUUUCACUUUCAUUACUAAAGAAUUUUAUAAUCAUGUUUUUUUUUUUUUGCAAUACCCUCCGCCCGCUGCUCUCCAGUUAGAUUUAUCCAAGUGAUGUACACCUAUGCACGUGAACUUACACACAACAAAGCUAAGAAGAUGUUGCUGGCAUAGAUCAACUUCAUACCUCCCCUUUCCUGCCAAGGUGCCAACCAGCUUCAGUCAGUUCUCCCCACCCCUCACUCACACCACAAACAGAAUGCGAGAGCUUCCGUGUUCUGGGCGGUGGGUGUUACUGGAAACCUUCCUGGUGACGACAUCUCUGUUCUAUUGAUACUAAAUACUUGUAGCACCUGUAAAGGAAGAAAUAAUCCUGUUGCUGGGCUACACCAACACACGACCAUGGAUAAACUGAAGAAUGUCUUAAGUGGGCAGGAUAACGAGGAGAGGAACGGCUUUGAAGAGGUAAUAGAAACAAGUUCACUAAGCUGGGGUACAAGAAUCAAAGGCUUUAUCGCUUGCUUUGUGAUUGGCGUUGCUUGCUCCAUUCUGGGUACUUGUCUGCUUUGGGUUCCAGGGAAAGGAAUGGCACUGUUUGCAAUUUUUUAUACUAUUGGAAACGUAGCAUCUCUUGGAAGCACAAUGUUUCUCAUGGGCCCUUUGAAGCAAUUAAAAAAGAUGUUUGAGAUGACUCGUUUGAUUGCCACAAUUGUUAUGUUGCUUUGUCUGGUAUUAACGCUAUGUGCUGCUCUGUGGUGGAAGAUCAAAGGACUUGCAUUAUUGUUCUGUAUUUUGCAGUUUUUUGCAAUGGCAUGGUACAGCAUUUCUUUCAUCCCAUUUGCAAGAGAUGCUGUGAAGAAAUGUUUUACAACAUGUAUUUCAUAAAUGAAAAUGAGAUGCAUAUGCUCUAAAUGCCUUAAAAAAAAUAUUUUAUCCGCCUUAUGUAAUAUUUUGUUAAUUUUUUUCUGUAAAAAUUUAUUUUAUAGGAUGUCAUUUUUUCUACAUAUUUCUAUUUUAGAUUUGUUAUAUUGUAAUAACCAUUCCAUAAUAUUUUGCCAUAUUUGUAAGAUAUUACUGUUAUUUAUAGAAACCUAUGAGGUGUAGGAACAUGAAAAAAAACAAUAAAUAAAAGGUUAUUUAAACAAAAUCAGAAUGAAUAAUAUGGAGUGAACCCAUCAUUUGUCUUUUACAGAAUGUGUUUUGCAGAAUCAAUUGUUUUAGAAGAACUGGUAAACUUAUUAUGGUGUCACAAAUGUAGUAAAAUAAUGCUGGUGAUGAGAGAUGAAUUUUGCUUUCAUAUUAAUAAACUAGACUGAAUAGAUCUGGCUGCAUAUAUAAAGUUGAGAGUGAAAAUUUGUGAACCGUUAGAUUUUCUAUAUUUUUAUAUGAACGUGACCUAAUUCAUCAUUUGAUUUUCAAACGAGACAUAAAAGUAGAUGAAGAAAACCUAGUUAAAUAAAAAAUUAUUAUAUUUGGUCAUGUAUUUGAGAAAAAAAUAGAUCCAAUAACUUAUCUGCGUGCGGCAAAAGUAAUUGUAUUGUGCUCUCUGUAUUUGGUGUGACCCCUUGUGUAACAAUAACUGCAACUAAACAUUUGUGGUAACUUGAUAAGUCCUGCACAUCUUUGACUUGCCACUGUCUCUUGAGAUUCAGUUCACAGAGAUGUCUUAACAUUUUCCUUUCGAAAUAUUUGAUAUAGUUCAGAACUCAUUGUUCCAUCAAUGCUGGCAAGCCGUCCAGACCCAAACCAGAACAC